AUGAAGAUCCUCACCAAAGAAGAAGAAGAAGCCCACUACGCCGAAGUCCUCAAGGGCGGUAUCAUUGGAGGUACCCUUUUCACCGGCCUCGGUCUUGCAGGCGUCGCCGUCGCCUCCAGACGCUAUGCCACCUUCCGUGGCCUAACCCUCCCAUUCCGCGCCUUCCUGGUCUCAUCAACCGGUACAUUCGGCGCCAUUGUCAACGCAGAGCGAUGGAGUAUCGCCUACCAAAUCGCCCAAGAUCCCAAGCGCACCUACAGGGACCAAGCAGCGCGCACGGCAGAUCUCAUCCGCGAAAAUGAAUCCGCGUAUGAGCGCUUCACCAACUAUGCCAAGGAAAACCGCUACCAGAUUGUUUUCGCAUCCUGGUUAGCGUCCAUGGGCAUUGCGUUUGCUAUUGUUAGCAGACAGCCCAUGAACACUGCCAACAAGGUUGUUCAAGCUCGUGUUUAUGCACAGGGCUUGACGCUGGCGGUCUUGUUGGUGUCUGCUAUUUUUGAGAUGAGAGAUCUCAAGAACGGUGACAGUCGAUUCCAGACUGUCCGCAUGGUGGAUCCUAAUGAUCCUACCAAGGUCAUUGAGCAGAAGGUUCACAAGGAGGAGUAUGAAGGUCAAGAUCUUUGGAAGGACAUGGUCGCUGCUGAGGAGCGCAGACUUGCAGCCAAGAAACAGGCUUCUGGACAUUAA